GGAAGAGUUUACAUUUGAUCCUGCAGGUAAUUGGGAGCCACUGGAGUUUAUUGAAUAGAUGAAGUGACAUAGAUUUGCAUUUCAAGAAAAUCAGUUCAGGGGUGGGGGCUUUUAGGUGGCACAGUAUAGGAAGAGUCCCUGUAACCCUGUUUUCUUCAUCUCCAGAUCCAGCCUUCCCUAUGGGUUAAUAAUUAUUGGGGAUAGGGGCUCCCAGCCCCUCCCCAGCCUCAGCUGCCUCUGGCCUGUCCCGGCUCCUGCUCACCAGCCAAACAGAGCCCUCCGACUUGGCCCCACCCCACCCCACCCUGUUAUUUUCCCAGCAUCUAUAAAGCAAGAGACCCCAAGUGGGGCCCCUCCCAGUGAAAACAAACUCUCCUCCACCUCCAGGGCAUCCUGGCACGUCUGUAGUAGCUACUCCUCUCCAGCUCCCUUCACCAUCCUCAUUGCCUUCCCCGACUCAGUGACCUCCCUUUGCCCACAAUGUUACUCUGGCACAACCAACCAGAACAUGUGUGGCCCAGCCCGGGGGAGCUGUACCCAUGUCCCACUGGCAGUCUGCUCAGAGAGUCUCUGGCACUGCCUUACCUGAAGCAGGAGGACCCGUCCAGCAUUUCUGCCUCGGACAUGCACUGUCCUGUCUUCCAAUAUGUCCUCUGUGCCGUCACCUCUCCCGCGGUCAAGCAACACGAGGAGACCCUCACCUACCUGAACCAGGGGCAAUCCUACGAGGUCCGGAUGCUCUGUAACCCCAAACUGGGUGAUGUUUCCCAGUGGCCUCGCCUGCUGAAGAGUGUGGUACGUGUGGUUUUCCACGACCGACGCCUGCAGUACACUGAGCAACAACAGCUGGAGGGCUGGCGAUGGAGUCGUCCGGGGGACAGGAUACUGGAUAUUGACGUGCCCCUAUCAGUGGGGGUGGUGGAGCCCCAGGUACUGCCCUCACUCCUUAACACGGUGGAGUUUCUCUGGGAUCCUGCCAAGAGGACAUCUCUCUUUUUGCAGGUUAACUGCAUCAGCACGGAGUUCACCCCUCGGAAGAACGGCGGGGAGAAGGGGGUCCCAUUCCGCAUCCAGAUCGAUACCUUCAAACCAGGUGACAAGGGAGUGACCGUAGAGCAUCUGCACUCAGCCAGCUGCCUCGUCAAAGUCUUCAAGCCGAAAGGGGCUGAUCGGAAGCAGAAAACAGACAGAGAGAAGAUUGAGAAGCAGCCGCUGCAGGAGAGAGAGAAGUACCAGCCAGCCUAUGAGACCACUGUCUUUACAGAGUGUUCACCAUGGCCCGAGACCUCCACUGUUCUUCAUGGCUCUCCCAGCCCUCCUGGCUUGACUUCUCCCCAUUCUUUCAAGUUCCUGACCCCAGAGAGGAUCUGUUCCUCCCCACCCUUCUCCCUGGACAGCUCAGUGGACAGCCCCGCUGAGACUCUCAGCCCAGGGGCUUCCAUCUCAGAGACACAGCAAUGGUUACACCGUCAUCGAUUCUCUGGCUACUGUAAGAUGUUGGUCAACUUCAAUGGUGCAGAUCUGCUCAAACUUUCUCGCCAGGACCUCAUCCAGAUCUGCGGAGCAGCUGAUGGAAUCCGUCUCUCCAAUACCCUGAAGGCCAGGCCCAUUCGUCCUCGGCUUACCUUGUAUGUGUCUCCAGAGGCCCUGAAGCCAGGAAAUGAGACCCCACGGAAUCCAGAUUCAGGGUCUUACCAGCAGGUAUAUCUGGAGGAGCUCAGCACUGCUGAACUGACUGGAAAACUGGCUGAACUCCUGUCUCUCCCAGCCAAUCAAAUCUACCGUCUCUUUCGCCAAGGUCCUACUGGCAUCCACGUACUCAUCAGUGACCUGGUAGGAGGAUCAUUGCUUCAUUUCUUCUACUGCCAUACCUUUCCUCAGGAGUGUCGUCCAGAAUCUGAUGGAUGAAUCUUAUUUUGUGGCUGUGGUGAAGAAAGUACAGAAUCCAGACGGCUACCAUUUGUUUCUGAGUUAGGCUUUCAAUAGACUUUCCAGUCAAGACCAGGAAAAACAAAGCAUUGGAGACACAAGCUACAUCAAAUCCUAACAGUGACCAGAAAAUCAGUUAAAAUCCCCAAAUACUUGAGACUGGUGCUUGUGUCAAGUAGCUGCCACACUGGCUUCUGCUCCUUCUUUCCUGGAGAACAGGGUCAACUUGGGAGGUGCGCAGAGUCCUAGGCUCAAAGGUUUGGCAUUAUCUAGGCUGUACACAGGAUACCUGAAGGAGGAUUACCCUGUGGAUUAGUCUUCCCAUCGUCUAUCUCAAAUCCUCAUGUGAAGGAGACUGCCCAUCAAAAUCACUGUAUGUGCUCAAUAACUGGCCUUCUCACAUUUAAGCUUGUUCUGUGCCCUACACUUUUUUUUCUUCUAAGUCCAUUAAAAAACCAAAAACAACCCAAAGAAACCUUUAUUUUUUUAUACUGGCUUUGUGGCGGGUGACUUUUUCAAAUAUUUCAAGGUGCCAACACGAAUCUUAAGGUUUGAUUGAUUCUGUCAUCAGCCUUUGUGGCUAGUAU